AUGACACAACCUGGCCGUUGCUCGAGAUUAUCUGGUCAUGGAGAUAUGGAGUUAUAUAUUCUACGAAGCAUUCCACUACACGCUACGCUAACUACAGUGAUCAAGGCACAGAGAAACGAAUGUACAUUCUACAACUGCGUCCAGGGACUGCUGGACAGGAAAGCGGCGAUCCAGCCACAGGAGCGUCGCAUUGAUCAGGGUCUCCCGGUCAGGGACGGGGACGGACCUGUGCCAUUGACCAAGUCAGAAAAAAACCACUUGAUUCGGUUGCACUCAACGGUGCCAGUUCAAGUGAGAAACGUCCUUUUAAAUGUGUUCGUCCGAUUUGAAAGGCGCGAGGAUAGAAGCAUGGAUUUCAUCUGCGUUUGCAGAAAGCCAUUCCUGACAAGAGAUAGCCUGAGCAAGCAUUACAACGCUCAAGUUCUCCCUGAUGAUUUGGAGGUCGCCAAUGCCUCAGGAAGAGUGGUUGGUGCAACUAUCCGAGAGUUCAUGCGGGGCUCGGAUAUUGCAAAUACUCAACAGCAACAUGAACAGCGCACGCUAAUCACAGCUAUGGAGCAACGGGUCCUGAGCUCUAUUGCCCAGAUUGCAGCAGGUCAAGGGCAGGGGCAAGCUAUGCAAGCUGCUUCUGCUUCUGCUUCUGGCACCGGACCUUCCAGUCCGGUUUCUACAAGUAGAAAAAGAACGCGCUCUAAGGCCCCUCACUUUGGUACAUUCAAAUCCCCUAGUCGUAUGUCUCCAACUGAAAAUAAGUAAAAUAAAAAUGGCGGUUUGGUGGAGCGAGUGUAGAACGAUAUAAAAUUGUGCAGAUGUAGAGACGGGAAAGCGCAUGGUCUUGCCUUGCUUAUCAUUUUCCACGAUAGUGAAAGCUAGGUAACUCCCUACGCGUCGGCAUGCUUGCAAACGAUUGGAGUAUCUGAGGUGUCGAAGGAUCUAGGGUGAAAAGGGUAUUUUAUUG